AUGAAGAUGUUCUUGUGGACGAUUUUGAUCUCCGUGCUCAUGAUCUAUAGGAGCACUGGUCGAAUGCUGGAGGAAAAUUGCGGAUCAUCUUUAGUAAGAUCAAAGGUAGUGAAUGGCCAAAAUGCUGAAAGGGAAGCGGCCUCUUGGAUGGCAGCCAUACGUAAUACAGAACGUUUUAUAUGCGGCGGAACUGUGAUCCACAGGAACUUUGUGUUGACCGCAGCUCAUUGUAUUGAGGGUCAAAGCAACUUAUUCGUGAUGUUGGGAGCAUAUAAUAAAUCGAACCCAGCUCAAGAGUACAGCGUUAGCCUGGCGGUGAUCCAUAAUGGAUUCAGCAUCAUUACCUUGCAAAACGAUAUUGGCCUGCUUAAAACAUCACAGGAUAUUCAGUUUGGUUUUGAUGUCUAUCCGAUCUGCAUUAUUCUGCAUCCCAUGAUGAAGAGCAGAGUGGACAGCAUGGAGACAUUCGAGGGCUAUGGUUGGGGAAAUACAAAGAGGAACCAAAAAAGCGAACUCCUUCAGCAAAUCACGCUACAACGCUAUAAUCGCAGUUGGUGCAACCGGUACCUUCGCAAUAAUCCACUCACCUCGAACCAGCUCUGUGCCGGAUCGUGGAAUGGAGAUACGUGCCAGGGUGAUUCCGGUGGUCCUCUGACAAAAAAGAUCCCUAUUAACGGACAAGAAAUACAGGUACAGGUGGCGAUUGGAACAUCAGUAUACCACUAA